UAGGGGAGUGUGUGUGUGCAUGUGUGUGCGUGUGUGUGUGUGUGUGGAGAAUGGUGAGGAGGAUGCAGAUAGACUGUGGCUUUUAGCCUUUUUACUAGUACUGAGGCUUCCAGUCAGGCCACCGCCACUAUCGAGGAAGAGAGAGAGGCAGACCACGCUAUCAGGCUCGCUGGCUAACCUCAGACCCCCCUCGGCCUGCUGCGCGACAGAGCGCCGCAAACCCAGCACCUCCCCACCAGCCCGCUACACCCACCAUCACCGCCGCCCGCCACCACCGGCCGGGCUCCAUUAGGCGGGCCUCCUCUCGUCCUCGGCCCUGUCGUCCUGUUCUCUCCCUCUCUGGAGGUUGGUGGGCACCGACUGCAGCGAGGACGCCGGACCGUUCCCCUGUCAUGGCAUCCAACAGCAUCUUUGACUCCUUCUCCAACUACAGCAGCAGUCUAUUGAGAGAGCCGCCCACCACCAGACGGUUCACGCCGCCCUCCACGUCCUUCCCCUGCAGUAAGAUUGGAGACGGCAACGGGGCCAUGGCCACCCCGGGGCCCCUCCGGACGAGACCGGACACCAGGAACGUGGUGGACGUCCUGGCGGACCACGCCGGAGAGCUGGUCCGCACCGACAGCCCCAACUUCCUCUGCUCCGUGCUGCCGUCUCACUGGAGGUGCAACAAGACGCUGCCGGUGGCUUUCAAGGUUGUGGCUCUCGGGGAUGUUCCCGACGGGACUCUGGUGACCGUGAUGGCCGGGAACGACGAGAACUACUCGGCCGAGCUGAGGAACGCCUCCGCGGUGAUGAAGAACCAGGUGGCCCGAUUCAACGACCUGCGCUUCGUGGGCAGGAGCGGACGAGGAAAGAGCUUCACUCUGACCAUCACCGUGUUCACCGGACCCCCGCAGGUCGCCACCUACCACCGCGCCAUCAAAGUCACCGUGGACGGACCCCGGGAACCGCGCAGACACAGAGUGAAGUUGGAAGACCCUCAGAAGAUGCAGUUCUCGGACAGGCUGUCGGAGAUUGAGCGCUACCAGCGGACGAUGCGGAUAGGCCCGGUGAACAACAACCCCCGCCCCAUACACCAAACCCACCUCAGCACCACGCCAGCGCUGUGGCCGGAGCAAAUGGACACCCCGGCUCUGAAGACCUGCAAGGUGGAGGAGGACCUGAGACCAUGGCCAGGCACGACAGACAUCUUCCAGCAGAGGACCACGUUCCCGUCUCUGUCGCCGCUGACCGACCCGCGCUUCUCAGACCCCCGGAUGCACUACCCCGGGGCCUUCCCCUACUCCGCCAACACCUCCAGCACUGGCAUCAGCGGCCUCAGCAUGUCCGCCUCGUCUCGAUACCACACCUAUCUGCCGCCGCCUUACUCAAACAACCAGUCCCAAAACUUCCAGUCCAACUCCUACCUGUACUACGGCACAGGCUCCGGCUCCUACCAGUUCUCCAUGGUGGCGCCCGGGAACACCGGCGGCGAGCGCUCCCCGACCCGCCUGCUGUCUUGCUCGGGGGCCGCGGGCGCAGGGGGGACCAACAGCCUGAUGAAUCCGGGCCUGAACGCCCAGAGCGAGGGCGUGGAGGCCGACGGCAGCCACAGCAACUCCCCCACGGCCAUGAGCGCCUCGGGUCGCCUGGAUGAGUCCGUGUGGCGGCCGUACUGACUGUCAGACAGCGCCGCUUUAGGAUGAGAGGCAGAGGAGCGGGAGAAACCGUGAGGAGGAUGAACAAAAUAAAGCUGAACACUGAAAGAAAAAGAAAACGACAACCAAACAAAAAAAAAAGAAAGAAAAAUGCUGCAUGUAUACGUCUUUUAUUUCUCCGGCACUUGCUUUGAAGACUUUUCUGCUUUUACCGACUCUCCUCAGACUUCCACGUGUUUUGUAAAAUUGGAGCAAACUCCUGCACUGUGCUGACAAAUGUACUCUUAAAAGAACUACAAAAGCCAUAUAAGAGAUGAGAAGACGUUCGGCAGAGACUGUAAAUAGAAGCGCGGGUAAAACAAGAGAAGCCAUUGUAACGUUUGGGGAUCUGAGACAAACAGGUCCUCAUCAAAGACCAAUGAACAAAAGGCAGGUACAGCUGAUGAACUGAAAAGCCACAGCAGACACUCAUCCAACGGGCCGGUCCGACUCACUUGAACUGGGAGGGGAGGAGAAGUCAGACGGGGUGUUUGCUCAGUGAAAGACUCCUGACAUCCUCAUGGGGCACGGCUCCACUGCUGUAGCAAUCGGUCCUUUUAAGCUUUAAUAUCUGUAAAAAAUUGACCAUGCAUAAAAAAAAAAAAAAAAAAACAAACAAAAAAAAAAAAGAAGACUUUUGCCAGUUGUGAAAAAGCACCAUCGGUUUGAACCAUGCGCGCACAGUGCUCGCUCAGUACUCCACCUUGUUGCCUAAUUUAUUAUCCAAGCGGACACGUCAGCAUUGGGUGCUACGAUAAGCCAUGGACGUUUAACACAGUCGCUGCAUUAUUCUGCGAGAAAGCAUUCUGAACUGUCAGGACUCAUGCUUUAAGACAUGAAUUCUCCUCUGCUGUGUCAUCAGCGUAUCACGUUUCGAAAAAGGACAAUGGCUUAUAUUUUGAGGAAUGUAAUAGACAAAAGCAGAGGGGGGUUUAUUGGGUUGUUUUUUUUUUUUUUCCAUUUGCUUUUAGGAAUGUUGGAGUCUUGCUGUCUCUGUCCUUUGUUUCAUUUAAAGUUCGUAUUCAAGCCAUUUUCUUAAAAAAAAAAAAAAAAAAAAAAAGUCCUAGUCUGGUAUUUUUGAACUGGAUGACACAGUUUACUUUUGAUAUUUAUUUGAGCCAAAUUUUGAGGAAAUGUAUGCAUAUACCCCAAAUCCUUAAGCAUUUCUCUCGACUUUUCCUUUUUUAUAUAUAUAUAUAAAUAUAUAUAUAUAUAAAUAUACAGUAUAUAAACCAUGUUUUGUUGUUAACUAUAAAUUUGGAAUUUGUGUAAUAUAUUGCUACUAAAUUAUGAAAAAAAAAACUUUAAUGUAAUUAUUUUGCCUUCCAAUGUAGCUUUGAUGCACUAAAAGCCUUUAUUCCGAAUGAACUAUGCCCAUCAGUCAGUGAGAGAGAGCUGUAAUCCUUUCACCAAUUUCCAAGCUGAGUUUCCUGCGCUUAAAAAAAAAGAAUUUUUUUGCACUAUUGAACUUUGGUUUCUGUUUUUUUUUUUUUUUUUUUUUGGGACAUGUAUUCCUUAAAGUGUGCAAAGCUAAAUAUGAAAUAUCCCUGCUGGAGUUACAUGACCCAUUUGGAGUUGAGAAGGUUUCUCACCAAAUAAUGAAUAAUUUCACGAUGACACACACACACACAGAUUCCUGCACCACAGGUGUGUGUGCUCAUUCUCUCCAGGCCUGAGGGCCUUGUCCCCCACGGUGAAACACAUGAUCCCACUAUCCCCAAAAAGAGGGAGGAGUGAUGAAGGGAAAGCGGGAGGAGGUGUGGUCAGACUGGUGUCUGCUUACCAAAACCAAGGCAGUUAUGCAAAAAAGAAAAGAAGAAAGAAAAAAAAAAACUUGUCUUGUUGUGCACAGGCCCUUUGUUCUGAAUAUCAAUGCUUUGAACCCUUUAUGGCCCUAAUUCUGUCUUUUCUUGUGUAAUUCCCUCCUCGCCAGCGCCAAGGGCUCAGCGCUCUGCCAGCGGUUCAUGUCUGCACAGAGGACCGUGGUAUGAGCGGUGUCAGGGUAUUUACAGUAGGUUUCAGGUAUCUAAUAUUUACUCAGCGAGUCUGUCACAACAAUUGUGACUCUUUAAGGUAGGAAUUUAGAUGCUACUCAAGCAGGGAUUUCAUGUCAAACUGAAAGGUGAUCAAAGAAACUAGCUCUGGUUAGGAAAACAAAAAGUUAUGCAAGACACUUUCUCAACCUUUUUGCCUUAUUCCUCAGACAAUCAUUGCUACAGUCUCAUUCCUAUCUCCCUUUAAUUCAGAGGACUAGUUACCUCCUUUUUAAGCCUAAAAAAAAAAUAAAUAAAACCUAACUUUAUUAUGGGCAAAAAAAAAA